AUGGAAAACCUCAACGAGCUAUACUCGACGGCGCGCGACGAAUUCGAAAUCGCGGCCGAAGAAACCGAGAAGAAAACAGUAUACGCGGCUGAUGAUCGCGAAGCGGCGGCUGAUGCCCUGAAUAUGCUGAAAGAGUCCUUUGCUAAGGCGCUGAAGGAGACGAGUCCAGAAGUAUCACGGGAGAUCCAGACUAGGGUUGGGUCGAGAAUACGGGAAUUGGAGAAUGCGGUCAAGGCGAUGGAGGAGAUGGCGAUGGAGGAUUGA